UUUUUCAUUGUAGGUAUGUGUACCUCGCGCAAGGACCUUGAAGCCUCGCGGACUCAGUCUCCGCCCCUCCUGACUGAAUUCAGCGCUUUUCCCAGCAGAGUUCAUUGUGUGAUCGCAGGUCGAGAGGAUGACAGCUCGAGUGUACUGCGCUGUGUUAUUGUGUCUGUCUGGAUGCUUGAGCACAACAGAUGCUGCUCCAGGAGAAAACUUCACAGUGACCAGUCACUGUCCAAGGAAGCUGACAGUCGUGCCGUCCAGUCGAGGAUGUGCUUCUGACAGAGACUGCUCUGGAGGACACAGAUGCUGUGUAUUCGACUGUGGUGCUGUGUGUGUGCCACCUGCUUUCACAAAGCCAGGAGUGUGUCCACGCAGAAAAUUUGGAGCAGGAGUGUGUGCCGAGUACUGUGCCGAUGACAGUGACUGUCCCAACAAUGAGAAAUGCUGCAGCAAUGGAUGUGGACAUGAAUGUACAGCUCCAUAUACAGUGAAGCCUGGUCGUUGUGCUCUACCGAAGGGGACUCCAAUGUGUGCCGAAUACUGUUACCAUGAUGGUCAGUGCCCUGCCGAACAGAAAUGCUGCCCAACCACCUGCGGUCAUGCAUGCAGUGAACCGUGCUGAUUUAACCACCGGAAAGAGUCGUGAGAUUGAUUUUGCAUAACAAUACAUAAUUGAGUUAUUUUACCUAAAUCAAUUCAGUGCGUUAUUCAUAGGGGAUGUUUUCCCUGUUUGUAACCACCAAAUAAAACCUCAUACCGUC